CCCCCCCCCCCCCCCCCCAUCUCCAUGGACACCAACUAGGUUCCUUUAAACAGUCCGACCUCGACCUGGACGAGAGCUAUCCCACCAUACCGCACACCCACAUAGGUCAGCGCAAGUUGACCUACAAUCCUUUAUUUCGCAAUGUCCCAGCCAGACGAGCCUGUCGCGACCGUUUCGCCUGAAGUCACCAAGGACAUCAAGGAGACCACGGAGACCAAGGAGAAGAGACUCUUGACUGACUCCGAUUCCGACUCUGAUAAGGAGAAUCAGGAUGCCUUCGAGGAUGCCGUCGUCGAUGUCGCCGAGGUAGCUGAGGUGCGUUCUCUUACUCAGAGAACGCCCUCGGUCUCCAAACCACCACCCGCCGAGGAAACGGACCCUGAAUCCCCGAAAAAGGAGGAGCACACAGAAGAGGACAGGGUGGAAGCACCAGCUCCGCCGUCACCAACGCCAGACGAUCACUUUGUCGACGAGGACUUUGUGAGCGACCAUGAGGACGUGGAUAUCAAGCGCAAAGCUUCUCCCGUAUCUCAUCGACUUUCCAACACCUCAAAUCUGGACGAUGUCAAGCUCGACGACGACCACCCUGCCCCACAUGAGGAACCAGAAACGAAAGCCAUUAGCCCGGUCGUCGAAGAGAAGCCACUGCCGCCCAAGAAGAUAUCCAUUAGCAGCAUCACCGGCGCCCUUCCAUCCAUGCCGUGGUCGCCGCCAGCCGAACCAUCGCCUGCCAAAUCUCCCGUAGUCCCAGCCGCACCCCCACCGCAAGCCGCUUCCUCUGCCGCCCUGCCACCACCCCCUGGGCCCCCGACCAGGAAGCUCACAAGCCCCUUCUCCUGGCUUUCCCGAAACAGCACAAGCAAGGAGAAGGAGACCUCACCGCCUCCACAAGCUUCUCCUCGCCGAAACACAGCCAGCUCCAUCGCCACGUUAACGAGUAACCCCGAGAUGUCGCUGGGCAGGUUAGACGAAGAGAAAGAGGGUGGCAUUCCGCGACACAGCUUGAAGGACCGCUUCAAAAUGGUGCGCCUACGGGAAGAGGCCGGCGUCACGCUGCCAUCCGACGACGAUAAACCUGUGCCGCCGCCCAAGGGAUUGGGGUUGAUCACACCUCCCGCCCCCCACAAUGGAAACGACAAGGAGCUUGGAGCCGAUCAAGCUCCCAAGUCACCUCUUCCAACGGCCCCGAACCCGGCGCUGGCACCAGGAACAGUGUCUGGUGUAUCGGCUGGACCCUCCGACAUGUCAGACUCCCAGGUAGAUUGGGAUCUCUGGCAGUCCGUCGUCUACGAAGGCCCGGCGGUUGUUCAACGUACCAGCGCCGAGGAACUGAACAAAGCCAUUGCCAGUGGUAUUCCAAACGCUAUCCGUGGAGUAGUCUGGCAAGUACUGGCCCAGAGUAAUAAUGAAGAGCUCGAAAUCAUGUACAGAGAGCUAGUGGCCAGGGGAACCGACAAGGAAAUCAACAGGAACAGUCAUAGCACUGUUAGCUCGAGCAGCAACGGUACUCUCAGCAUCCAGAACGACAUUGUCAAUUCAUCCUCCUCAUCUGUCCACUCGGAACACUCGGCCGCGAAUGGCAUGCCUUCCCCUUACGAGAAGAGCGCGGAAGCGGUCCUGAAGGCGCAGCAGGCGGCUACGGUGGCCAGACAAAAGAAGCAAAAGGAGGAUACUGCCAUGCUCCAGAAGCUGGAGAAGACGAUUCGACGAGACAUGGGUGCGAGAACCAGCUUCUCCAAGUACGCUGCCGCUGCCGGGCUUCAGGAGGGCCUUUUUGGCGUGUGCAAGGCAUAUGCUUUGUUCGAUGAGGGUGUCGGCUACGCUCAAGGCAUGAACUUCUUGAUUAUGCCUCUUUUGUUCAACAUGACAGAGGAAGAAGCCUUCUGCCUGCUGGUUCGGUUGAUGAACCACUACCACCUGCGCGAUCUUUUUAUUCAAGACAUGCCCGGCCUACAUAAGAACUUGUACAUCUUUGAGCGCUUGCUUGAGGAUUACGAGCCAGCUCUGUACUGCCAUCUUCGCCGCCGCAGUAUCUCGCCUCACCUCUACGCCACGCAGUGGUUUUUGACACUAUUCGCCUAUCGGUUCCCCUUACAAUUGGUACUACGCAUUUACGAUCUGAUCCUGUCUGAGGGUCUCUCAGCUAUUCUGCGAUUUGGUAUUGUCUUGAUGCAGAAGAACGCAGCCAAUCUACUUGCCAUCUCGGACAUGCAGCAGCUCACAGUCUUCCUCAAAGACAAGGUUUUCGACGCCUACAUCGACACCGCACCAAGUGCAGGUAGCAUUCUGGAGAACGGCUUCUUUGGAAGCUCAAGCGCCAGCAUGGACAAGGAAGUCUACCGCGCCGACCAACUCGUCAGAGAUGCCUGCGAUCUUGAUAUCACCCCUGAGAUUCUCAAGACCUACACGACCGAAUGGGAGGAGAAGACCAAGGCAGAGAAGGAUCGUGAGGCCGAACUGGAAGGGCUCCGGACUGCCAACAUCAACUUUGCCGUCAAAGUCCGUAAGCUCGAGGAGCGUGUCGAAGCGUACGAUAGUGAGCAGGCUGCUCUCGCCACGGAGCUGGUCCACACCAAGGUCGAGAACGAGGAGCUCAAGGAUGAGAAUGAGAGUCUCAAGGGCCAGGUCCGUGAGCUGCGAAACGUUAUUGAAAAGCAGCCGGAAGAGCUAGAGAAUGCAUGGAAGGCUGAGCGUGAGGAUCUCAUGAAGCGUAACCUCAAGGUUCACGAGGAGAAUGAGAAGUUGGAGAAGGAGAUGGCGGAAUUGGAGGAGGAGCUUGUGCAGACGAAGAUGCAGUAUGCCGAGAUCAAUUCUCAGCACGAGACACUCAACCGCAAGUGGACAGACCUCAAGCGACAGUUUGCUUGAAGCAGUCAGUGAGGAAUACGACCCUGGUAACCCAGAAGCAGAAUUCUCUGAAUAUCUUAAUGUACAAAGUAAUGAUAGCUUCCCAUUGAGUAUGGAGGUUUGCGUGUGUUUGCUGGCCCAACGCACAUCUGGGCGGCUAGCGGGAUGGGUGCGGGCACCGAGGAAUCAGAUGGAUCCUUAUGGUGGUCAGUGAUAUCCCGAAAACCAACACGCGGUAGGAGUGAGCAGAAGCAUGUCGGCCUAGACAGGCCACGAGGAACUGGCUAGCAGCCAUCGGGGUUACUACAACACUCGCAGUAGAGACCAGCAGCCAGGUGAGCAUGGAGAGGGGUUCAAGGCGCAUACUCUAGCUUCCAUAGGUAGACUUGACAGCUACAACAUCAAAUACAGAGAGCAUCACAACACAUUGGGAGAGUGGACAACAGGCGAAGAGUGAU